AUGACAACAUAUUCCUCCAUCCCUCUCUUCGGCGGCGCUCUCACCGUAGAUCUCCCCACCACAUUCGCCGACGUCAGUACCAUAAGACAAGUUCCCGACCACCAAGAAGUAUAUUUGGAUAAAGAUGGUUUCACCAGUAUCAUCUUUGAUAUCACCGAGCGAGUUGGUACUGCUGGUUCUAGCCCGGCUACCGAUGGCGCGGCUAUGACUGCUCAUUUGGAAGAUAUUGUUGAUUCGGAUCUUGAUUCUGUGAAAGUAUGGUCGAUUACUGAUACACAAUUUUCUAAAUUGCCAGAAGGCACACCAGCCUACACACUAAUCGCGACCCAAACACCACCCCACGAUCCCGAUCCCCAAGCCUCCGCCCCAGAUUUCACAGCCAUAGUACUCAACCUCGUCCGAUUGGAGCGCGAGAGCACGGAUAUUUUGGUGACGAUCAAUGUACCACAUAUCCAAGGCGAGUAUUCGGCCGACGACGUGGAUUUGCAGUUGGGGAAACAGGGAAAAUUGAUUGAAAAUGCUGUGGAGCAUGCGGCUAAGAUUUGGGAGACGUUUCAUAUUAAGGAUUGGGGUCUUUUUGAUGAGGUGUAG